CCGGCAGGAGAGAGACGACUUCCCGAGCGGCCCCGCAGCCCUCGCCUCGGACAGCAACGCGCGCGCGGCGCCCCCGGCGGAGCCGGCCCGGAGCCCCGCACAGCCCGCAGCCCGGCCCCGUGCUCCAGCCGCCAGCCCGGGCAGAAUGAGGCGCGCGGCGCUUUGGCUCUGGCUCUGCGCGCUGGCGCUGCGCCUGCAGCCGGCCCUCCCGCAAAGUGUGGCCACCAACGUGCCCCCUGAAGAUCAAGAUGGCUCUGGGGAUGACUCUGACAACUUUUCCGGUUCAGGGGCAGGUGCUCUACCAGACUACACCUUGUCGCGGCAGACACCAACCACCUGGAAGGAUGCGUGGCUCCUGACGGCCACGGCCCCUGCCCCAGAGUCCACCAGCUCCGGCGCCACAGCCGCCUCCACCCCUGUCCUGCCAGCCACGGAGGGGCCGGUGGAGGAAGGGAUCGUGCACCUGGUGGAGGUGGAGCCUGGCUCGGUUUCCAGCAAGGACGAGACCACCUCUCGACCCAGGGAGGUCACACAACUCGCCACCACCCAGCAUGCUGCCACUGCCAGAGCCACCACAGCCCAGGCACCUGCCACCUCCCACCCCCACAAGGACCUGCAGCCUGGACACCAGGGGACUUCAGCACCCGCAGCCCCAGGCCACACCAACCCUCACUCUCCCAGCGUGCAAGACGGGGGUCCCUCUGCCACGGAUGCGACUGCUGAAGACAGAGCCCCCAGUCAGCUCCCGGCCGGAGAGGGCUCCGGUGAGCCGGACUUCACUUUCGAGACCUCCGAUGAGAACGCGGUGGGGGCUGCUGCAGUGGACCCCGACCUCCGGAAUCAGCCCCCUGUGGAUCAGGGUGCCACGGGAGCCUCGCAGGGCCUCCUGGACAGGAAGGAAGUGCUGGGAGGGGUCAUUGCCGGAGGUCUGGUGGGGCUCAUCUUCGCCGUGUGCCUGGUGGGCUUCAUGCUGUACCGCAUGAAGAAGAAGGAUGAGGGCAGCUACUCCUUGGAGGAGCCGAAGCAGGCGAACGGUGGGGCCUACCAGAAGCCCACCAAGCAGGAGGAGUUCUACGCCUGACGCCCCGCGGCAUCCCCCUCUCCCCCGCUCGCCAGGCCCGGGGCAGAACUGCAGGCCCUGGCCUUCCCGCCUCCACGCCGCUCACCUCUCCAGCGUGGCCCACCCCGGCCACCACUGCCCUGCUUCUUGGACUGCUGCCCAGCCCGGCUUGUCCAGGGCAUCUUGGAUAUGGCCUCGGUGUGGCACCCAUCCUGCCUCAGCUUCUCCAGCCUAAAGCGGCUCAUCCCCCUACCCAGGCCGAUCUCUGGCAAGAAAGGGGACUGUGCUGCUUCGGACCUGGGCGGUCUGGGGAGGUCCCUCUGGACUGAGCCAUCGAUAGCACUUAAGGAGGAGGGCAGCAGUCCCCGGGCGGGGUGUUGUGGGGAAGUCCACCGUAGAUGUUGACUCGUUUUUUUGCACAUGUUCCCUCUAGUCUGUUCUUAGCCCCAGUAGACUCUGUUCCUUCUGAGGUAAGUUGAGGACGUUGGUUUGGUAACUGCCAUCCUGCUCCCCUCAUUUGCGGUGGAUCAAUGGGCAGGGAGAUGGCGUCAGGGUGAAGAGAGCCCCAUCCGGCAGCCACGUGCAGGCUUAGUUUGUGUGUCAUCUCUGAGUUUGUCACUCGUGUGUGCAACAGGGUAUGGACUAAUCUGGUGGCCCCAUCAUUGGUGACCCCAGGGUGGGCCGG